AUGUUCACAUCUAUGCUCAUACCGUUCAACAAUCUCCAGGUGUAUAGCUGCCACGAAGUCAAUAGUGGGGAGUGGGAGUUGGCAGUGGCGGGUGCGAAUACCUAUGACUCGCUGCUGAACUCGGGAGAUAUCGCAGAGCUUCUCAGUAAGAUCAGGAUCUUCGCUCGCAUGUCCCCCGAAGGCAAAGUAUCUGCUGUCGAGAUGCACAAGAAGGCUGGCAUUAUCACAGGCAUGUGUGGUGACGGUGGGAACGAUGCCGGUGCCCUCCGUGCGGCCCAUGCGGGGAUGGCAUUAAGUGAUGCCGAGGCGUCUAUUGUGUCACCGUUCACCUCCAAGUCGAAGUCGGUGCAGAGUGUGGUGGAUUUGCUGCUAGACGGACGUGCCUGUCUGCACACCUCGUUUGCAAUGUACAAGUUCUUGGUGUCGAAUGGCCUGGUGUUGUCGCUGACGAAGCUCAUUAUCCUCUUCAAGGGUGUGCUGGUCUGUAUCUUCGGCUAUCUGAUGAUUGAUCUGGCUGCAACGCUAACUCUGGGCUACACAAUGGUGCUGGCUCGGCCCCCGGAGUCGCUCAAGCAGAUACGACCCACAUCUAGUCUUUUAGGGCCCAUCACCCUGUUCUCUGUGCUGGGAGUAGUGCUCAUAGACUUCGCCAUCACUAUAGUCUGUCUCAUGUAUGCGAUGUCUCUCGCAAAUUUUGUGCCGUGGCCGUCAGAGAUUGCUCUGGGACGCACCUGGUGGUAUCUGAGUGAUAAUUGGGAAGCAUCCAUUCUGUACUUCACCCAAAUGGGUGCGUAUUUGACCAAUGCCCUGGCCUUUUCCUUGGGUUCGUAUUUCCGCUUAGAAAUCUACCGCAAUAUCUGGCUCAUGAUCGACGUGGCGGUUCUCUAUGCCAUCCAGCUUCUGUUCCUACUGAUGGCGCCUAAUGCAUUCACGGACGCAAUGCACGUAGCGAGUAUAGCUUUCAACCGUGUUGGAACAGACAAUCCCAUCUGGCAGGAGUGGCAGAGUCUGGGCAACCCUACAUCACCUGGAAUGAGUUUCUGGGAGAGAUUUGUGGUGGCUGUGCUCUUGCUGUUAGGGACAGUUUUGGCAAUGUGCUACCAGAGGUUCGUAAUCGAUGGUCCGGUGGGGCGAUUCUUCCAGAAACGAGCGCCCUCUGAUAGACCCCGACUCAACCCCUAGAUCCCUAUCGAUAGUCUGUAUUUUGUUAACAGGGUGUAAAUCAC